AUGUCCAUUACACAGCGCUCUUUUGCGCAAAAGUUAUCUAGGACUCAUGCUAGUGAUGUGCGUAAAAAUGUGGUCAAUUGUCAUAUGCAACGAAAACAAACAGAUUCUUCUAUGUGCUCCUCGACUCUUUCCUUAACCGAACCCGUUGAGCCAUUGGAUUACGAAGAGUUUUUAAAUUCUCAUAUAAACACUAUUAAUCGUGAUCCUUUAAAAAAUAUACUCGAUUUUCCACCAGGAGAUGUUACUGUCAAAACUAUACCACGUAAAAUCAGAACCAUUGAACAUAUUGUGCCAAAGGAAAAUUUUGCUGAACUGCCUCAACAUGUUCAGGAGUGUGUUAACUGUUAUACACGCCCCUGGAAAGUGGUGGAAUAUGCCCAACGUCAUUAUUCUAGUUCUUGUUGUGCUCGUGAACGUAUUGAUCGAGGCACCAUAAGCCCAUCGGCCUAUCAGCAAGAAUUUGAAGUAGAUAAAGAUUUUGCCUCUUUCGAUGAGUCCUCUUUAACCGAUCAAAGUAACAGCUGCACUCCCAGCUCUAGGCAAUCUAUUGCCAGUUUAUCUUCUGUUAGCUCCUGUACUGAUACUUUAACUCCCCGUGGUUCAUGGGCUAGUUUUGACCUAAGACGUUCUGUCAACGAUCCCUUAAUACCGAACUUAUUAGAUGAUGUUCCUCCCGAACAUAUUGACCAAACAAACGAAUCAAAGAGAUUGGAAGAUAGACAAGAAGCUCUCUUCUCUCUUUAUCCCGAAGCGGAUGCCGAAGAUAUAAUCGAACGUCGAUUAUCGGCUGAAUUGCCCAUGGAACAUAUGGGUCAUCGUAUAUUUGUGAAAUGUUUACAGUUAAGACUGGAAUUGGAGGUAGAACCAAUAUUUGCCUCUAUGGCCAUAUAUGACGCCAAAGAAAAGAAAAAGAUCUCGGAAAAUUUCUACUUUGAUAUGAAUUCGGAUACCUUAAAACGUAUGUUACAUACGCACGUGCGCUGUGCUGAUGAAAGUACCCAAAGUAGAGCGGGUAUUUUUGAAAUAAGUUAUCCCAGCAAUGAUUUGUUUUUGGUAAUACGUUUGGAAAAGGUUUUGCAGGGUGAUAUCAAGGAUUCGGUGGAGCCUUAUAUUAAAGAUGAUAAAGAUAAAUGUCGUGAAAAAGCCAAACAGAAUGCCUCAGACUUUUGUGAAAGAUUAGGCAAAUACCGCAUGCCUUUCGCUUGGACUGGUAUAUAUUUAACCAAUAUUUUCAAUGGUGAUAGUUUUGAGGGCGGAAAAGAGGGUAUUGGUUUGGGCGGCAAUCAAGAUCGCGAAACUGGUGGUUCUCUGGGAUCUGCAGCCAGUUCCAACAGCUUAGAUCGCAAAUCAUCUACCAGCAGUUUUGAUCAGCUAAGACGUAAAGCCAAUGAUAUGAGUGGUACUUUAACACGUCGAGGCUCUUUAGAACGCAAAGAAAAAAGACGAUCUUGGUCUCCUGAUGACUUUGCCAAUGUGGUUGAAUCAUUCCGGCCCAUUACUAUAACUAUUUCUAGUUUCUUUAAACAAGAAACCGAUAAAAUGAAAGACGAAGAUUUAUAUAAAUUUUUAAUGGAACUAAAAAGACCUAGUUCGGCGAUGAAGAAAUACAAAUGCAUACCCGGUUCUAUAAAAUUGGAAAUUUCACCCUGCACAGAGGAUGUUAAGAAUGCCUUAACCCCCGAAUUGGCCAAAGUAGAGCCAUAUGUAGAGGAUAACACUAGACCAGUCAAGGAAAUACUAGAAAUACCUCCUACCGCUAUUUAUAAUCCCCACUACACUUAUCGUAAUCUAUUGUUUGUGUCACCCAAAGAGCUUAACUUUUCCUCAAGGGCCGGUUCUGCACGUAAUAUUGCUGUUAGAGUACAACUUAUGGCGGGAGAAACACAAAACGAUGCCAUUAAUGCCAUAUUUGGAAAAUCAUCCUGCCCCGAGUAUUCUAAUGAAGCUUUUACAGCCGUCAAUUAUCAUAACAAAUGUCCAGCAUUCUAUGAUGAAAUUAAAUUUGCUUUACCAGCUCAUCUCAAACAAAAUCACCAUCUUUUCUUUACCAUUUAUCAUGUUUCAUGUCAAAAGAAACCACAAGACUUGCAACCUUCCGUUGAAACACCGGUGGGUUAUACCUGGUGGCCUUUACUAGAGGAUGGCAAACUUAAAGUGGGAGAAUUUCAAUUGCCUGUAAUGGUAGAAACUCCUCCAGAAAACUAUUCCUUUAUACCGCCAAAUGUUCACUUACCCGGCACUAAAUGGCUGGAUAAUCAUCGUCCUGUCUUUUCCAUAAGCGUGGAGGCAGUUACUUCAGUACAUACUUUAGAUCCUAAUUUGGAUCGUUUCUUUUUGAUGUGUGAUUAUUUGAAUUCUCGCAAGAUUCCACCACGUAUAGGUGAGGGCAAUAUGGAAGCUGAAAUGAAGAAAUGUUUACUGGAAAUUGCAAAUGCUGAACGUGAACCUUUGGUGAAAAAUUUACAUUUAGUUUUGGAUAAACUUAUAGAACUGUUGGUAACAACUUAUAAAAUUGGCGGACAAACACUAUCACUGGGUUCAACAGUUUUCGAAGUUUUGUGUUUAGUAUCAUCUAAUUUAUCGAUUUUAAGUGAUGACUUAAUAGUAGAUCAAUACGGCCGCCAGUCUUUACUAUCCACUUAUGUGCAAUUUCAAAGCAAAAUCCCCCAUCCUUUCAGUGGCAAGAGACGUAUAACCUGCAGCCGCAGUAAUGCUGAAGAAAUGCAUACUUCCUCCUCUUCAUCAGAUACCUAUAGCAUCUACGAUAAUGUAGUAGCCGGCCGCAGUUUGGAUCGUAAGGAAAUGGCCAUGGAAAUGUCACCAACAUUUGUAGGACGCGAUGGCCAAAUACGUUUAUUGCAUGAGGAACUAGCUUUACACUGGGUAGUAGCUAGCGGACGUGCUGCUGAUUUAGCCAUGAGUAAUUCUUGGUUUUUAUUUGAAUUGAUUGUUAAAUCCAUGAUAGAACAUUUGGAUUUUACGCGAUCUCUGCAAGCACCAAGAAAACAAAGAUUUCCUCAUCAAUACACAGAUGAUAUAUCGACUUUGGUACAUUUGGUCACCACCAAAGUGGUGGGUUAUCACAGCAAUGAACCCAAAUUGGCUCAAUGUCUUAAUGCCAGCUUAAGUUUCUUUAUAUUUGACUUAUUUAGUGUCAUGGAUAGAGGUUUUAUAUUUGGCUUAAUAAAAACCUAUUACAAGGUUUUGAUAUCGAAAAAUGCCUCUAUACCAGAUUUGAUGAAUUAUAAAAUAGAUUUUUUGCGUAUAGUCUGUAGUCAUGAACAUUAUGUGGCAUUAAAUCUGCCAUUUGGCACACCGUAUACAACAAAAUCUGCUCCCUGCAGUCCCACACCAAGUACCAAUUCGAACACUAGUGGAACAUCAUAUGGUUCCAUUGAACGAGCUUUACAUGCGGAUUUAAGCAUCGAAUUCAGGCAACAGCAUUUUCUAGUUGGUUUGGUUCUAAGUGAUUUAGCGACUGUUUUGGAAGUACCAAAUCCUCAACUGCAUGGCAAAGCUAUAAGAUGUAUACGAAAUUUAAUGACUUCUCAUGACUUGGAUCCACGCUAUAGUGACAGUGAGGCUAGAGCACGCGUAGCUUCUUUAUAUCUGCCUUUGCUGGGCAUAGUAAUGGAUGCCAUACCACAAUUACAUCAAUAUCUAACCGACUCCAAUGAUCGCUUACACAAUAUGGGUUUAUUAGAUGAUUACCAGGGUCCACACACUACCAUUGCCACCACAACUAUAAGUCCCGAAGUAGCUUAUGCUAUAUCGGGUUCUAGAUCUUAUGCCUACAUGAGUGAUCAUGUAAAGAAUAAAUCACCUUUGAGUAGUGAAAAUACACGUCAUCUUUUAGCUUGUUGCACUUGGAUAUUGAAAAAUCUCGAAAGAACUGCUUUAUAUAGAUGGACUUUAGGACUAUCACCUCAUAGAGUUCAUCAAAUGUUGCAGGUGUUGAAUACUUGUAUACCCUGUUUCGAAUAUAAAGGACAGAAACGUUUGCCCGUCUUAAAACGUAACACACAAAGUUUCCGCAAACCUACAGAUCUUAAAGAAAAACUAGAGGAGUGUAUACGUGGCACCAACUCGGCCCGUUAUGAUUUAAUAAAUCGUCGCAAAGAUCGCAAUUCAACGGAGAAAUUCCGUUGGCGUAAAGAUCAAAUGCCCUAUAGGGCACAAUUUUAUGAUACUAUAACAAAAACAGAUCCAGAAUUAGAAUUGAGUCAUUAUAUUGAAGGAUCAUUGGCUACCGAAAUUACUCUGGUGAUUUUAGAUUGUUUGGAAAUUAUUGUACAAGUGGCUACGAAUUCCGAAAUGCAUCAUAAUCUUUUGGGUACAGUGUUGAAAGUAUUGUUGCAUGCUUUGUCGCGCAACCAAAGUACUUUGGCAUUGAAGAAUUUGUUUUCAUCACAAAGAUCAUUGAUCUUUAAAUUUCCCAAUUUGUUGUUUGAUGAGGAAACCGAUAUCUGUGCUGACUUGUGUUUACUGUUGCUAAAGCACUGUGGUUCCCAGUUGCCUGGUAUAAGAUCACAAGCUGCUGCUUCCUUGUAUUUGCUAAUGAGGCAAAAUUUUGAAAUCGGCAAUAAUUUCGCUCGCGUUAAAAUGCAAGUAACCAUGUCUCUAUCAUCUCUAGUGGGCACUAGCUCUUCGUUCAGCGAACAGUCUUUACGACGAGCUCUAAAAACCAUUUUAGUUUAUGCAGAAUCCGAUUCAGAUCUCCAGGAUACCUCGUUCCCAGAACAAGUACAAGAUCUAUUAUUCAAUUUGCAUAUGAUACUCUCGGACACGGUAAAAAUGAAAGAAUAUCAGGAGGAUCCUGAAAUGUUGUUAGAUCUUAUGCAUCGUAUUGCCAAAGGUUAUCAAAAUAAUCCCGAUUUACGUUUGACAUGGUUAGAGAAUAUGGCCAAGAAACACAAAGAGCGUGCCAAUCACACUGAGGCAGCCAUGUGCUUUGUUCAUUCCGCCGCUCUGGUGGCCGAAUACCUAAGUAUGUUGGAGUCCCAGCCUCAUCUACCAGUAGGUGCAGUGAGCUUCCAGAAAGUCACUCCCAACUCUUUGCUGGAGUCUGCUGUUUCCGAUGACGUUCUAAGUCCUGGCGAAGAUGGUAUCUGCUUGGGUAAUCAUUUCACUGAGUCAGGCUUGAAAGCUUUGUUGGAAGAAGCUUCAAAUUCGUUCCAAAUAGCUGGCAUGUAUGAGGCCAUGAAUGAAGUUUAUAAAAUACUUGUACCCAUUUGCGAGGCCAAUAGAGAUUUCCAGAAAUUAAGUAAAAUUCAUGGUAAACUACAGGAGGCCUUCAAUCGUAUCGCACAACUGCAGGGCAAACGGGUUUUUGGUACUUAUUUCAGAGUUGGUUUCUAUGGUGCCAAAUUUGGUGAUUUAGAUCAACAGGAGUUUAUCUACAAGGAACCAACUCUUACCAAGUUACCCGAAAUAUUUAGUAGACUGCAGAACUUUUAUGCUGAUCGCUUUGGCCCAGACUCUGUUCACAUUAUUAAAGAUUCCAACAGUGUAGAUGUUAAUAGUCUAGAUCCCGAUAAGGCUUACAUACAAAUCACCUAUGUAGAACCCUAUUUCGAAAACUAUGAGCUGCGGCAUCGGGAAACCUAUUUCGAAAGAAACUUCAACAUAAAACGUUUCAUUUUUGCCACCCCUUUCACCAAGUCUGGCAAAGCACAUGGUGAUUUGCAUGAACAAUGUAAACGCAAAACAAUACUCACCACAGCCAAUCAUUUUCCUUACGUCAAGACACGUAUUCAAGUUAUAAAUCGCCAGCAAAUCAUAUUGGAUCCCAUUGAAGUGGCCAUCGAAGAUAUACAAAAGAAAACACUGGAAUUGGCAGCGGCUACCAAUCAAGAACCAGCCGAUCCCAAGAUACUACAAAUGGUCUUACAAGGCUGCAUUGGUACCACUGUCAAUCAGGGUCCCAUGGAAAUGGCAGCCGUAUUUCUAUCGAAUCUCUCGGAUGGUGUUACCAUACCUACCAAAAAUCAAAAUAAAUUACGUUUAUGCUUUAGAGAAUUUUCAAAACGUUGUGCUGAUGCUCUAAAGAAAAAUCGUAAUUUAAUCUUAUCCGAUCAAAAAGAUUAUCAGCGUGAAUUGGAACGUAAUAAUGAACGUUUUGUGGAACGUUUGACACCAUUAAUAACAUUAACACCCACGCAGGCGCAGGGUGUAGUAAAAGCAAAUGCCGCUAGCAAUCGUAGUACACCCUUAAAAUGGUAAUUAAUUGUUUAAAUGCAUUUAUGUAACCAUAAGGUAUUACUUACUCACUACCACUUUGUAUUGGCUUUUUGCUCUAACAUUUUAAAGCUUUCUUAAAACAAAUUCUUCUUUUACUAUAAUCGAAUAUUUUUUCUUCCUUUCCCUUACAUGUCUGUUCGUAUAUUGGAAAUAUGCUAAUUUGUAAUUGUCUAUACUACACAUACACCUAAAUAUUUUAUAGUGUUUCCGAUUAUUCAAGUAAUUUAUUAGCUAUUGAUAUAUUUAAACAGAAUACAUAAAAAAAUUAUUAAAACAAUUAGUAUUUAGAAAAAAAAGUACUUAACUUUUAAAGCACAUUUUCUUGUUAAAAUCAAGCUGCAGUGAAAAAAAUUAAAUUAAUUUUGCUGAAAUUUGUAGAAAAUUACAAAGUAUCUAUGUUAGCUGGUUUUAAUGGGCAGUUUUUGUGCUUUAAAAUUUUUUUGAAACCAAAAAUUAUAAACCAAAAAUUUUGCAAAAUUUUGUAGUCAUACAUAUAAUAAUUAUACACUCACUUAAAAAUUCACAUUUCAUAAAUUUCUCGCUAAAAAAACACAUCAUUCUCAUCAUCAUAUUUAUUCAAAAAAAGUAUUUAAACUAGAUUUAUAUACAAAUACACAAAACAUACAUUUUAUACUUUUAUAGCAUUCUGCAAUAAAAUCAAACUUUUUU